GAGUCCUGUAUUUUCGUCUGUUUCCUUAAGUACAUGUAUGUUUAUCAUGACUCCUGUAUACUUUGUUUUUCCUUUUAACUUUUAUUUACUUUCUUAAUGCUUUCCAGUAAUAUAUUUUAGUUUGUUUCCUGUUAGGUUCACAAUGAAAGUCCUAUUUCUAGCUUUGUUGGGGGUCUGUGCCCUUGCAUCUGUGGCAAGAGCGGAUGACUGGGAGGACUGGAUUGCAGCUGCCCUCCUUGCUCAAGUCAUAAGCAAUGGCCAGCAGUGUGCUGCCUGGGGUACAGUCUGCACUGCCAACAGACCGUGCUGUCAGUAUCUCGGCCAUGGACCCAUGGGAUGCUUCAACAACCAAUGUUUGCAGGCACAGUGUGGUUAUGAGGGGCAGGAGUGCGGCGCCUUUAUCGGAGAAUGUUGCUGGCAUCUGGGUCUUCAGUGCACCGGGGACUUCUUAGGAGGCCGAUGUGUCAAGAACACUCUUGGCAAAUAAGCUGACAGACUCAUUGGAUUAAAUAUUAUGUUCUUUAUAUGUUUGUAUGGGAGACCAGCCCAGUAGUUAUGUAAUAAUAUCUGAUUUGUGUCGACGUUUUCCUUGUAAUUGCUUUAGAAGGUGUGGUUAGCCUAGCCAUGCUGUCUUUUCAAUUUUCACCAAAUCAAGAAUAGGAUACAGUAGAGCUCGGAAAAUAGGCAAACGUUAUAUUUCGUACAUUUUACGUACUUCCCCGUGGCUAGUGUUAGACGUUGUAAGUUGAUUCUGUGUCAUGCUGGCCUGUAUCGUACGGAAGCAACGAUGCCUAUAUCGAUGGGCGCUUCUUGAUAUA